AUGUCGGACAACACUUCACCUGAAAAGGCCUUCGAAGGCACCUCUGAGCAUUUAAACACCGCCGAAUCCGAUUCCUCUGUUGCACCUUCUUAUCAGGGCUCGAAAGAAGAGCGUAUCCAGCAUGAACGGCAACAAAAUGCUGUCACGGGAAAGUGGGCCAUCUUCAGCAAGCUGGGGAAUCUACCAGAGUGGAAAGUCAGGGGCUCUCUCCUGCGAGGAAAGGCCCUGAACUGGUCCAUUGGCUUUGUGGCCAGUUGUGGCUUCUUGAUGUUUGGUUAUGAUCAGGGUGUACUUAGUGCACUCUUGACCUUGGACUCUUUCCAGGAGAACCAAAUCCUCAUGACACCUCGGGAACGGGCGAACAAUCUAUGCUGGCUGGACAAUCCUACCAACACGGUCCCGGACCCUAACAACUGCACUGGUGAUGCCAACACCCAGGCUGCUGGGGUGGCAAUCUAUCAGAUUGGCUGCUGGAUGGGGUCUUUGGUCAUUCUCUUCUACGGGGAGAUCUGGGGUCGCAAAUCCUCGACUUUCUGGGGCUCGUCGAUUAUGAUCGUUGGAACUAUCAUGCAGGCUGCUUCAUUUGAGUAUGGUCUUUUUGUUGGCGGUCGUAUUGUCAGUGGUGUGGGGAAUGGAAUGGUCACCGCGACUAUUCCAACCUGGCAAAGCGAAUGUGCCCGUCCCCAUCAGCGAGGUGUGCUCAUUAUGCUCUCCGGGGCAUUGAUCUCAUGUGGUGUCAUGAUCGCCUACUGGGUGGACUACGGGUUCUACUUCCUGUCCGGGUCUGUCCGCUGGCGAUUCCCUCUCAUGUUCCAAUCCUUCUUCACUAUCAUCGUGAUGGUGGGAUUGCUAUUCCUCCCUGAUUCCCCUCGCUGGCUCAUCAUGCAAGGCCGACGCACAGAGGCUCAGGAUGUGACUUCUCGCCUGUUGGAUAAAGACGAGAACGACCCCAUGGUCCGGGAGGAGAUGCGAAAUAUCUCCGAGGCCCUCGAGGUACAGAGUAGUGGCGGGGGUUUCAAGAUGAAGGAACUUCUCACCAAUGGACCUUCACAAAACCUCCGUCGGUCAGUACUCGCGAUGAUCUCUCAAUUCUUUCAACAGAUGUGUGGAAUCAACUUGGUCACAUACUAUGCAACAUUCCUAUUCGAGAACUCCCUUGGCUUUGCGCCUGACAUGGCACGGCUUUUAUCUGCUGCCAAUGGCACUGAAUACUUCCUCGCUUCCCUCAUCGCUCUCCCGCUAAUUGAGCGCACCGGCCGUCGAAAGCUCAUGAUGAUCGGCGCCUUGGGAAUGAGUAUCUCCAUGGCGAUUCUCGCAGGUAGUGUGUCAACAGGAACAGAGGCCGAGAAUGGUGCUCCCCAGCUGGAGACCCGGUACGGCGUGACAGCCACCGUCUUCUUGUUCGUCUUCAAUUCUUUCUUCGCAAUUGGAUGGCUGGGUAUGACCUGGCUUUAUCCUGCGGAGAUCACCAACCUUCGGAUCCGUAUUCAAGCAAACGCUCUGUCCACAAGCUCGAAUUGGAUGUCCAAUUUCCUGAUCGUGAUGAUCACCCCGCCGGCAUUCAAGAACCUGGGCUAUCAGACCUACAUCAUGUUCGCGGUCUUCAAUGCCGCUCUCAUUCCUGCUGUGUAUUUCUUCUUUCCGGAGACCAAAGGUCGGACUCUGGAGGAACUUGAUAUCAUGUUUGCCAGUGCCAAUGCCAAGGGCAUCUCGCCUGUCAAGCAUAGUUGGGAAAUGCCUCACCUUUCUGGGCCUGAGGUGGACCGGGAGCUGUUGCGGUACUUUGGGCCAACGGCUAUUGCUGUGGAGUCCCGGGGAUAG